AUGUGGAUCCAGGUUCGUACUAUGGAUGGGAAGGUGACCCACACUGUGGACUCACUGUCCAGGCUGACCAAGGUGGAAGAGCUGAGGAGAAAGAUCCAGGAGCUGUUCCACGUGGAGCCAGGCCUUCAGAGGCUUUUCUACAGGGGCAAGCAGAUGGAGGACGGCCACACUCUCUUCGACUAUGAUGUCCGCCUCAACGACACCAUCCAGCUCCUGGUCCGGCAGAGCCUGGUGCUGCCCCCCAGCGGCAGCAGUAGGGAGAAGGACUCUGAGCUCUCAGACACGGUUUCCGACACGGACUCAGGCUGCUGCCUGGGCCAGAGUGAGUCGGACAAGUCCUCCAACAGCGGCGAGGCGGCCUCAGAGAUGGACGGGAAGGCGGGCUUGGCCGACGAAGAGGCGUGGGGAGAGACGGAACAGGGUCUGUACAAGGUCAACGAAUAUGUGGACGCCCGGGAUACAAACAUGGGAGCCUGGUUUGAGGCGCAGGUUGUCAGGGUGACAAGGAAGGGGCUGUCCCAGGACGAGCCCUGCAGCUCCACCUCAGCGCCAGAGGAAGAUGUCACCUAUCACGUGAAAUAUGACGACUACCCAGAGAACGGAGUGGUGCCGAUGAGCUCCCGGGACGUCCGGGCUCGUGCACGGCACGUCCUCAAGUGGGAGGAACUGGAGGUGGGCCAGGUGGUCAUGCUUAACUACAACCCUGACAACCCCAAGGAGCGAGGCUUCUGGUACGAUGCCAAGAUCACACGGAAGCGCGAAACCCGGACGGCGAGGGAACUGGUGGCCAACGUCAUGAUCGGGGGCGAUUACCUCAACGACUGUCGGAUUGUCUUUGUGGAUGAAGUGUUCAAGAUUGAGCGCCCCGGCGAGGGGAGCCCCGUGGUGGAAAACCCAUUGCGAAGGAAGAGCGGACCCUCCUGCAAGCAGUGCAAGGACGACGAGAGCAAGGCCUGCCGGGCGUGCGCCUGCCACUUGUGCGGCGGCAAGCAGGACCCCGACAAGCAGCUCAUGUGUGACGAGUACUGUCCUGAGUGUCGAAAUGAUGCCAGCGAGGUGGUACUGGCAGGGGAGAAGCUGAAAGAGAGCAAGAAGAAGGCCAAGAUGGCAUCGGCCACAUCAUCCUCCCGGCGGGACUGGGGCAAGGGCAUGGCCUGUGUGGGGCGCACCAAGGAGUGUACCAUCGUGCCAUCCAACCACUAUGGACCCAUCCCGGGGAUCCCCGUGGGCACCAUGUGGAGGUUCAGAGUCCAGGUCAGCGAAUCAGGAGUCCACCGGCCUCACGUGGCAGGCAUCCAUGGCCGGAGCAACGACGGGGCCUACUCCCUGGUCCUGGCUGGGGGGUACGAGGAUGAUGUGGACCACGGGAACUUUUUCACAUACACAGGUAGCGGUGGCCGAGACCUUUCCGGCAACAAGCGGACUGCAGAGCAGUCUUGUGACCAGAAACUCACCAACACUAACAGGGCGCUGGCUCUGAACUGCAGUGCCCCCAUCAACGACCGCAAAGGGGCCGAGGCCAAGGACUGGAGGGCAGGGAAGCCGGUCAGGGUGGUGCGGAAUGUCAAGGGUGGCAAGCACAGCAAGUACGCCCCCGCCGAGGGCAACCGGUACGACGGCAUCUAUAAGGUCGUGAGGUACUGGCCCGAGAAGGGGAAAUCUGGCUUUCUGGUGUGGCGCUAUCUCCUGCGGAGAGAUGACGAUGAGCCUGGCCCCUGGACCAAGGAGGGGAAGGACCGGAUCAAGAAGCUGGGGCUGACCAUGCAGUAUCCUGAAGGCUAUUUGGAGGCCCUGGCCAGGAAGGAGAAAGAGAAGGAGAACCGCAAGAGGGUGGCGGAGGACACAGAGGAGGAGGAGGAGGAAGAGGACUUCACGUCCCCCAGGAAGGGCAAGGGCAAGCGAAAGAGCAAGUCGGCAGGUGGGUGUCCGUGUGCCAGCGGAUCCCCUCGAGGGACCCCCAAGAAGAGCAAGGUGGAGCCCUACAGCCUGACAGCACAGCAGAGCAGCCUCAUCAAGGAGGACAAGAGCAACGCCAAGCUGUGGAAUGAGAUCCAGUGGUCACUCAAAGAUGCACCUAGUCCCGGCCUCCCAUUUCAGAAGUUCCUGAGCAAAGUGGAGGAAACAUUCCAGUGCAUCUGCUGCCAGGAGCUGGUGUUCCGCCCGAUCACGACAGUCUGUCAGCAUAACGUGUGCAAGGACUGCCUGGACAGAUCGUUCAGGGCCCAGGUGUUCAGCUGCCCGGCCUGCCGCUACGACCUGGGCCGGAGCUACUCCAUGCAGGUAAACCAGCCGCUGCAGGCCGUCCUCAACCAGCUCUUCCCCGGCUACGGCAACGGACGGUGAUCCUCAAGCACUUGUCAGCGGGCGUUUUUUUCUAAAAACCCCU